CCUCUCCCCCACACCCUCCCACCAAACCCAAAACCUCUUCUUCUUACUCUCUUACGUUAAUUCUUCGUUGUCUAUGAUGGCAUUGGAUAUGAUUGAUGUUGUUCCCAGGACGAGGAUGGAAGAAGAAAAUAUAGCAAUACAAGAAGCAGCUUCCGCUGGGUUAAAGAGCAUGGAGCAUCUCAUUCGUCUCCUUUCUCCUUCUUCUUCUCUUCACAACAACGUUAAUAAUCUCAAUCUCAACCACCUCGACUGCUCCGAAAUCACCGGCUUCACUGUCUCCAAGUUCAAACAAGUCAUCAACCUUCUCAACCGCACCGGCCACGCCCGCUUCCGCCGCUCUCCACCCCAAGCCCAAGCCCAAGCCCAAGCCCAAGCCCAAGCCCAAACUAAUCCUCAACCACAACCUCAGAUCCAACAACAAGGGUUCAGUUUAGAUUUCGUGAAGCCCACCAUUCUAAACUCAAAGCCCAUCAACAAAGACGAAACUUUGACUCUUUCAACAACCUCUUCUUCCUUCAUGUCCUCCGUCACCAACGACGCCAGCGUCUCCGACGGCAAGAUCGGACCUUUCCUCCCUCCCUCCGCCGCCAAACCCCCUCUCUCCUCCGCCCACCGGAAAAAGUGCCGCGACGCCGCCGCAGCACUCUCCGCCAAACCCUCCUGCCACUGCUCCAAGAAAAGGAAAUCACGCGUGAAACGAACGAUUCGGGUGCCGGCGAUAAGCUCAAAGAUCGCAGAUAUCCCACCGGACGAGUAUUCGUGGAGAAAAUACGGUCAAAAACCGAUCAAGGGCUCACCUUACCCUCGAGGGUACUACAAGUGCAGCACCGUGAGAGGGUGUCCGGCGAGGAAGCACGUGGAGCGAGCGCAGGAUGACCCCAAGAUGCUAAUAGUGACUUACGAGGGUGAGCACCGUCACGUGCUGCCGUUAACUUCCGCCGCCGGCGUUAGUUUCGGCCAUUGAGUUAAUCGACGGCGUCUUUUGGAAACUUGACGGGGGACGUUAAAUGAGCGUCGGAUCGUGAAGUAACGGCGGAUGCGAACAAGGAUCGAUUCGGUUCGAGGACGGAAAAAGAAAAGUGGCAACUAAAGUCAACUUUCGCGUUGUGGAAUGAUUUUGUUGACGAGGACUUUUGUGUAAAUUUGACCCCAAGUAAAGUAGUGCAGGUCUCAAAGAAUGAAAAUUAUAGUGAUCUCAUCUGUUUUUCUUUAUUUCUAUUUUUUUUUUAAAAGAGACAUUUAUUUAUUUAUUUAUUUGAUGUUAGAGUUGAAUUGGUUGAAGGAUGGGGCUGCAAUAAUUUUCUUGGUAGAAGAAUAAAAAAAUAUUAAUAUUGGGAGAUCUAAGUUGAAAGAUUAGAUUCUUUUUGUUGAAAGAAAGGACGGUGUUUGGGGGCAAAAAGUCAAAGUAUGAGGGCCCCACAGAGAAGCAUGUGGAGUUGGAAUAAUAAUGAUAACUUUAGCAUUGAGUAAUGGAAAGUAGGGGGGAAGGGAAGGAACAGGUCAAUGGUUGUUAUGGCGAGUGGGUCCCACUGCGUGUUGUUACUUCAAAAUUCAAAUAUCUCUUUCUCUCUGGUC